AGCAUUAUUCCCUUAAUGCCUGAUUUAAUCUGGAUUUUUGUACCUUCUAGGAAAACCAAUGAAUUAGGAGAACUCCAUGGGCUCACAACCGAUGAGAAAUUUGUGGAGGGGAUAUACAAAGUGGAGCUAGACACUAAAUCCUACUGGAAGGCACUUGGCAUUUCCCCAUUCCAUGAAUAUGCAGAGGUGGUGUUCACGGCAAACGACUCCGGCCGCCGCCACUACACCAUCGCUGCCGUGCUCAGCCCCUACUCCUACUCCACCACAGCCCUCGUCAGCAGCCCCCAGAGCUGAGGAGCAGCCUCUGGGCACCGGAAGGACGGCCGACAGGAUGCCGUGUGACCACUAGGAUUCCAUUGUUAUUAGACUUUUAUUAAAAUUUAUAAAGCUUUCACUUUGUAAGCUACAGUAGAAACGUGGCAGAAACAAUAAAACAUUCCUAUUAAGGCACUUCCCA